GUCUAGGACGUAAUCAUGUGGCGUGUGAAGCUGCAGGUGGUAAGUUAGAUAAAAAAACGUAAACCCAUGACAAAAAGUCACUAUUUUGCCUACUGCAUAUUUUUUUAAAGUUUAAAGCUGCAUUUCUUGCACUGAAAACAUUUGACAUCACUUCGAAGUUAUGCCGUCUGCAGAAUGUAAACUUCCGGCCAGGAUCACAUGACUUACAUCAUGUGGCUGGCUAUUUUUAACUUGCAUCGCGAUCGCUAGUAGGGGCCGUCUUAUAAGUGUUGUAACCAAUUUUUCGGUGUAUUGCAGAAUUCAAGACCCUCGUCGUAUAGGGUUUAUGACCCAGAGGCUAUGACCAGGGCAUAUUUAGCCGUUGUGGAAGACAAUAUGCCUGUCAAAACUGCAGCUAGGAAGUUUUCUGUACCUGAGACGACUCUCAGAGAUCGUGCUAGGGGUAGGAUCCAUCCAGAAACACUUAAGUCAGGGACUGAACCAAUUCUUAGUUUAGAAGAGGAGUCUAGACUUGUUGAACAUCUAAAGUUCAUGAGUAGUGUGGGGUACGGAUACACCAGGGUGGAGGUCACUACACUGGCAUCUCAGUAUGCUGUUCAACUGGGAAAACGAAAUAAAGAUGAUCCCUUUUCUCUCCAUUGGUAUUAUGGAUUUAUGAAGCGAUGGCCUUCUCUCAUGCUGGACAAGCCACGCCCUCUCGAAGUUUUCAGAGCAAAGGCGACGUCGCAGGAAGCAGUUUCCAAAUAUUUCGUCGAACUUCGGGCCGUGCUAGAGAAGUACGAUUUAUUUGACAAGCCGCAAUUCAUCUAUAAUGUUGACGAAAAAGGGUUGAUUGAGAACCAUACUCCUCCUAAAGUGGUAUCUUCUUCUGAAUAUCGAUGUGUCGCGGUUACUACACCAAGAUCAUCAACAACAACUUUAAUUGGUUGUGGGAACGCUCUCGGACAACAAAUCCCUCCUUACUUCGUAUUUAAGGGACAGCGUCUGCGUUCGGAUAUUCUAUCUGAAUGUACCCCAGGUACAAAUGCCACAACUAGUGAUUCAGGGUGGUCAAAUAUGGAAAUAUUUUCCACUUAUUUGAAUGAUCACUUCCUGAAAUACGCUCAGAGGUCAGAUCCGUCACAGCCGAUUCUCCUUCUUUACGACGGGCACCGCUCUCAUGUUUCUCUCCCCAUCAUUGACUGGGCCAUAUCUCGGAACAUUGUUUUGAUGGUACUGCCAGCUCACACUUCUCAUGUUUUACAACCACUUGACGUUGGUUGUUUCGGGCCACUAGAAAGGAUCUACAAUUCCAUGAAGCACACGUAUAUGAGAGAACAAGUCACCACCAACAUAGAUAAGAACGCUAUGUGUGCUGUUGCUUGUAAAGCAUACACGUCGGCUCUUUCUCCAAGAAACUUGAUGUCCUCGUUUGAGAAAUGUGGAAUAUUUCCAUUUGACGAUUCUGUCGUGUCUGCGGAAGCCUUGAGACCUUCUACAGUUUUUAUUACAUCCGAGGAAAACCGCGAAGCCGACGACUCACUUUUUAGACAGAAGGAAGACGCUCUGCACAAAAUCAAGUCUGCACCAACACUGAAGCGGAAAGUCCUCAGCUCUAUCGUCAGUGGUAAAGCCAUCACAGAAGAAAAUACAGUGUUCAAAAUUCAAGAACACACUCAGAAACAGCCAGUCAAGAAGAGGAAGCAACAGUCUGCACAGAAGAAAAAAAGUAUCACAAGUUCGUUCAACUCUCUCUGCCAAACCAAGCACGUCUGGAUUGUCUCAUGUACGAGAGGUUGUCGCAAGUGACAGCGGUACAGACACGGACAAUGAGGGUGAUGACGAAGUGUGUUGUGUUUGCAAAUUGUUUCAACCGAAAGAACUGCAAAAUUGUGUCUCGCUUGUAUUCACAAAGUGGGCUCAGUGUACGCACCCGAGUUGUGAUCACUGGGUACAUCUCAAAUACUGUACGCAGGUGCGCGUUGUGAGAUCAACAGCUGAAUUCUGGUGUCCGUGUCAUUCGGAAAAUUCAGAGGAAUAGAGCCUGUUUGUCGACUGAAGUGACAACUGUACAUAAGUUUUAAUAUUUAAUGCCUAGUUCCCAUAACUCAUCGUGUCAUAACAAUGCAUGUACGCUUACGGCAGUGAGACGACAAUUUGCCAGAACUAACAGUGAAAUCAUAUUCACGAUCGAGUCACUGUGCUAUAUUGUGCAUAUAUGCUACAUUAAUCAUUAUAGCGGAAAUUUAAAGACUUAUACUCGUUUGGAACAUUUUGGAUGACUGUGAAUUCAUAAGACCGCUUCAAGUUUUGAGAUCACCCCGCGCUGGCUGACACUGUGUUGAAUACGUCAACAAUAUUGAGGGGCUCGAAAAGAGGUGACGUCACAAAAACAUGGCGAUCAACUAGGUCACUUCGAACUUCGAGGUAUGUUCUGCUGCAAACAAACGACGCAUCUCCUUAGCUAACAAAUUUAACAGCACAAUAAAUGUAAUUCAAAGUAAGAUAACUAUUAUUGAUAUAUCCCAAAGCAUUUCUCAUGAUUGUCAUUGUUUGUCUUAGGGGCUCGAAAACACCGUACGCG